AUGCGAAACACAAUAUUCCUUAAUUACGCAACGCCAGAAUUGGGUGCAAUACUCGCAGGUGACCGAACCGGGGCGCUUGAUAGCGUGUCCAGAGAUUCUAACAGCAGCGCCGAAAGGUUACAUGAGGUUAACAAAAGUAUAACAGAAGAUGUUGACCGCUUCGGUUAUUCUUACUCUUACUGCGCCCACAUUAUCAGCUUGCUUUCCAAGUACUACUAUACGAUCUCUGGAAUUCGCUCUUUCCCCUCACUUUAUAUCAAACAGCAAGGAGGUAUUAGAAAUACGACUCAGACCCACACGCAAUCGACUAGACCAGGACAGUCGCCGAGCCGAGCCUGGGCCACCGAUAAUUCGGAAAUCGCGCAAAACACGCAGAAACCUUCUAUAACGGGUAUCAAUCUGGCUCGGAAACCAACGGGAACAGGGAUGCCAAAGAUAAAAUCAGACAGCGUUGCGACAACCGCUACGUAA